CAAAAAUAUUAUAUAUUAAUAUUUAGGUUUGUUUUUAUGUUCAAAUUUUUUAUUAUCUUGUGGGUGCGACACUGGUUGUGGCCUAUAUAGCCACCAUGUGUCUCUCUCUUUUCCAUCACUACAUGCAGCAAUCUCUCUGAAGUGGUUUCAAAGCUUGUUGGGAGCAUCAAUGGAGGUUUUAAUGACGGUUUGUGUGUUGGCCUUCGGGUUCUGUUUCCGGUAUGCUCUGUUGAAAUGGAAUGAGAUAAGAAACUAUAGGAGAGGGUUGCCUCCUGGGACAAUGGGGUGGCCACUUUUUGGUGAGACCAUACAGUUGUUGAAGAAAGGUACAGACUUCUUGAAAACCAAAAGAGCAAGGUAUGGAAGUGUUUUCAAAACACACAUAUUGGGGUGUCCUACAAUUGUUUCCAUGGAUCCAGAUCUCAAUAGAUAUAUCCUCUUGAAUGAAGGAAAAGGACUUGUUCCUGGCUACCCAAAGUCAGUGCAUAACAUAUUAGGGAGAUGCAACAUUACAGCUGUGCUUGGGAGUACUCACAAACACAUUAGAGGCUCAUUACUAUCGCUUAUUUCCCCUUCCACAAUCAAAGACCAGCUUUUUCCUAAAAUUGACAAGCUUAUGAGAAUACACCUCAACAAUUGGGAUGGCAAAACCAUUGAUAUCCAAGAAAAAACCAAAGAUAUGGUUAUCUUCAUAUCCUUCCAUCAAGUUGUGGCAGUUGAAUCUAGUUCGAUUUAUGAGGAUUUCAAGCAAGAGUUCGAUAAGCUGCUCCGAGGAACAUUUUCAAUGCCAAUCAACAUUCCAGGCACAAAAUACUAUCAUGGAUUCCAAGGAAGGAAGAGGAUUGUUAGAAUUUUGAGACAGAUUAUAGAGAAAAGGAAAGCUUCCUCAAUUACCCAUAAUGACAUGCUUGAUUACCUAGUAAAAUCUGAGGACUCAAAGUUCAAACUCAGUGAUGAAGAAAUUAUUGAUCAAGUAAUUACAAUUAUUUUCGCGGGUACUGAAACCGUAUCGACUACUUCAAUGAUGUCAGUCAAGUAUCUCCAUGAUCAUCCAAAAGCACUCCAAGAACUUAGGGAUGAGCAUUUCACAAUCCGAAAAAAGAAAAAGGCGGACCAGCCAAUUGAUUGGAAUGACUACAAGUCUAUGAAUUUUACCUGUGCUGUGAUCUUUGAAACCUUGAGAUUGGCCUCGGUAACCAGUGUGGCCUUGAGGAGGACAACGGAAGAAAUGGAAUUGAAUGGAUUUGUUAUCCCCAAAGGAUGGAAAAUUUACGUGGACACAAGGGAGAUCAACUACGAUCCAGUUCUUUAUCCGGAGCCUUAUACAUUUAAUCCGUGGAGAUGGCUGGAUAAUAAGAGCUUGGAAUGUAGCAACCACUGCUUCUUUUUCGGAAUAGGAAGCCGGUUUUGUCUUGGAAAGGAAUUGGGCAUAGCAACGAUUUCUAUCUUCCUUCACUACUUCGUUGCUAGAUACAGAUGGGAAGAAGUUGGGGGAGAGAAGAUUGUAAAAUUUCCAAAAGUUAAAGCGCCAAAUGGACUACAUCUGAGGGUGUCGAAGUACUAAUUUCCAAUAUGCACAAAUGUUAUAUGGCAUGAUCAUAUGGAAGUUCGUAGACUCGAAUGUGCAAAAUAAGUUCUGUUUAUCAUUCUGUCUAGGAACAUGUACUACUAAGUCAUUACUAUUGACUAUGUAUUGUUUGGCAUCUGCAGAUGAUCGACCAAAGAUUGAUAGUCCUAA